AUGUCAGCUGGAGAGAGACACUCUCUUCGACGAGUACCAGGACGAAUACCUCUGGCCAUCUGGUUGAUAUCAAUCUCUACGCUGCUGGAACGAUUCGCGUAUUAUUCUUUCAUUGGACCUUUGCAGAACUACAUCCAAAAUUCCUUCCAUGAUCCUUUACGACCAGGCGCCUUGGGAAUGGGACAAUCCAUUGCGUCAAUUCUGAAUAAUGCUUUCUUGGCUUUGAGCUAUAUUACGCCAAUGUUUGCUGCUGUUAUUUCGGAUGAGCAUCUUGGUCGAUUUCGGACCAUUUGUUGGUCUAUGAGUAUUUAUAUUACGGGUGUUCUUAUAUUGACGAUCACAUCCAUUCCAGCGCUGCUGGAGAAAGGUGCUGGUUUACCAGGGCUCAUCGUGGCUUUGCUGGUGAUCAGUGUUGGUACAUCCGGGGUGAAGGCUGCUCUUCCACCUUUCUUAGCGGAUAAUUGCGGUACUGAUGCCGAAGAGCUGAAGGUCACUAAGAAUGGCGAGAAAGUUGUCAUAGAUCGUGAUGCAACUAGAGAGUAUGCCUUCAACAUAUACUACUGGUGUGUCAAUGUGGGAGCACUGUCUCGCAUCCCCAGUACUUUCAUGGAGAAAGAUAUUGGAUUCUGGUCAACGUACUCAAUGUCUACCAUUUUCCUGUGUUUGUCAUUGCUGGUAUUCAUGUCCGGUUUCCGACUCUAUGUCUACGCUGAGAGAGAAAAGAACGCAAUACGGCCAGCGUGCAGUGCACUAGUAAUCGCAGGCAAAAACGGAUUCCGGAUGGAGGCCGCUCGACCAGAAGAAGUCCGUGCAAGAGAUGGUGGAGUUGUGGAUUGGGAUAAUAAAUUCAUUACCGACUUGAAGACAGGGCUGAUUGCAUGCCGGACAUUUCUUCCCAUAAUCGUCCUCACGGUGUGUCAAAACCAGUUAUCAACGAACACCGUCUCUCAAGCUGCCAACAUGCAGACCCAUGGAAUUCCAAACGAUGUACUUCCCAACGUCAAUUCCAUCACGGUCGUCAUCCUCAUGCCGCUCAUCACACACAUUCUCUACCCCCUCCUUCGCCGCUUCAGAAUCAAGUUUCCCCCUAUCACUCGAAUGGCUCUAGGAUUCGCAUUCGAGGUUCCAGCCAUGGCCUUCGCAGCCGGCGUUCAAGGCUGGAUAUACGACUCACCACCCUGCUACUCAGCACCCCGCAAAUGCGCCGCUUCCAACAACGGACUCUUGCCAAACGCCGUGAACGUUGCGGCUCAGGUCCCCAUUUAUGUUCUAGAAGGUUUCAGUGAAGCUUUCGCUUUUCCUGCUAUGUAUGAAUAUGCCUACACGAAAGCACCGAAGAGUAUGAAGGCUGUUGUGCAAGCUAUUUUGUCUCUUGCUUUUGCGUUUGCAGCGCUCCUUGGAAUUGCGCUCAGUCCGACUUACCACGAUCCGGAGUUGUUGGCUAUGUAUGCUAGUCUUGCUGGGGCUAUGUGUUUGACUACAAUUCUGUUUUAUGUGUUCUUCCGGAAGUACAACGCACAGGAGGAUAGCUUGAAUGCUGGAGUCAAUGAUGACUAG